AUGGCGCCUCGUCGCGGUCGCGAUGAACCUCAGGAGGAGGUCGAGGAGGAGCGGGGCGAAGAGCUUGUCAGUCUCCAAUUCGACGAGGAAUUGACAUGGAGGCCCGGGAAGCCUAUACCCACCACCGAGUUGCUCAACCGCUUGCAGGCCCUUUCAGAAGAGCUAAGCAGUCUUGACCAAGAUGCCGUGGAUGUCGAGUCGCUUAAUGAUGUUGCCCAUGCUUUGGGUCAACGCAACCUGUUGGCGCAUAAAGAUAGGGGCGUCAAGGCGUAUACUGCAGUGUGCAUCGCUGAUAUUCUACGCCUAUGUGCGCCUGACGCGCCGUUUACUGCGGAUCAGACCAAGAUGUUCUUCAAUCUUGUCGUUUCACACAUUUUCCCUGCCCUGAGUGACCAGGCACACCCUUAUCACAACCAGCACAAGUAUGUGCUGCAGGCGCUGACGGAAGUCAAAAGUAUUCUCCUGAUUAAUGACGUUGACGGCGCUGAUGAUAUGCUACUCCGACUAUUUUCUGCCUUUUUCGAUGCUGUGUCCGGAGGCUCAAGUUCGGAAGAGGGUGUCUCCAAAGAAGUCGGCAAUACCAUGACAGAAAUGUUGAUUGCUUUGGUUGACGAGGCUUCCGGCAUGAACCCCAAAGUUAUCGAGGUCAUCAUGGCCCAAUUCCUCAGAGCAGCACCCCCGGGUGGUUUUCAGAGUCGUACAGAACGCGGCGAACAGAACGGCAGCCAAUCUACUCUGCUACCCAAGGAUGAGCCGCCUGCUUAUGUUAUGGCGAAGGAGAUCUGCAACGUUUGCACGGAAAAGAUGGUUCACUAUGUCAGCCAGUAUUUUAGCGAUGUCAUUAUUGACGCCUCGCGUUUUGCGGCCAAGACUGUUGGUAAACACGAUGACGAGGAUGACGAAGAUGCGCCUAGAGGUCCCACGGACUCGGAGUUGAAGGAGCUAAGGAAAGCCCACUAUCUCAUCAGAGAACUUUGGCGUGCUUGUCCAUCUGUCCUGCAGAACGUCAUUCCACAAGUCGAAGCAGAGCUGUCUGCCGACAAUGUGGAUCUGCGGCAACUUGCUACCGAGACGCUUGGAGACAUGAUUUCAGGACUGGGAGCUGCUGGACCACCUCCUCAUCCAGUUUUGGACCCUACCAUGUACCCCCCGCUUCGGCUGGCGGAUGAGGCUCCUAGCCAAGUCUCCGACAGUGUUCUCACAACGCCACUAUCUCCUCAAUCGUUUGCUCAGACCCAUUCUACGGCCUACCACCAUUUCUUGGGCAGAAGAAACGAUAAGACAGCGGCGAUUCGAGCAGCAUGGACUACUGCCGUUGGGUAUAUCUUGGCCACCUCGGCCGGUGGUAUUGGUCUUAGUCGCGAGGAACAGUCUGAACUUGUAAGGCACCUUGGAGAGAAGCUCAAUGAUGGCGACGAAAAGGUUCGACUGGCUGCUGUCAAGGUGAUGGAGCUUUUCAGUUUCCGUGACUUCGUUACCAAGCUUGGAGCUCCAGGUGGUGUCGACAAAGAUGGCUCUGUCCUGAGCAGUCUUGCUGACCGCUGUCGUGACAAGCGCAAUGCUGUCCGAGUUGACGCAAUGACUCUAUUAGCAAAGCUGUGGGCUGUCGGCUCAGGUGAACUGGCCGCCGGGCAGGAAACCGUUGUCGCAGCCCUAUCAGGGAUUCCGUCGCGUAUUUUCAAUGCGUUCUACGCAAAUGACCUUGAGCUUAACAUUUUGCUGGAUCGUGUACUCUUUGAGUGCCUAAUCCCGUUGAACUAUCCUCCCAUCAAAGCACCCAAGAACGCCAGAGCCUCUUCGAGUCAAAGCCAACAAAACGCCGGCGUUGCAGAACAAGACCGAAUUCGCGCAGAGAGAUUGCUUCUUCUUACACAAUCGCUAGACACUCCCGCUAAGAAAGCUUUCUUUGCCAUGCAAGGUCGGCAACCCCAAUUUGCCCAGGUCCUGGAGGCGUUCAUCAAGCAAUGUGAGCUCUACAAUGGUGGCGUCAUGGAUGACAACCGCCCCAAGAAGACAGCAAACUUGGAGAGGACAGUUCAGUACAUUACACAGUUCUUCCCAGACUCCUUCAAGGUCAAGGCAGACCUUCAAAAGUUUGCCAACCAGAAUGACCGUCGCGCGUAUCAGCUCGUCAAGUACUCGGUGAGCUCUGAGAGCGACUACAAGACUGUGCGACAGGCCAUCAAAGAGUUGGUCAAGCGCAUCAACGCUAGCCAAUCUGCGAGUAUUUUGGACACGCUACUUCCGCUCCUGUACCGGUCAGCUUGUUUGCUGUUCAACCGCAGCCAUCUGUCGACCAUCCUUGACUACUCAAGGAACGACAAGGACGGUUAUGGCGCCGUUUCCCACGAAAUACUCAACGAGAUUUCGCAACGCAACCCCGAGCUGUUCAAGACUCAUGUGGGAGGAUUGUGCAAGGGCUUGAUCGAUCAGGCGCCCAGUGAGACGAGCGAGAAUGAUCCGAUCGUGGUUGACACUCUCAAAGCUUGUGCGUCUUAUUCGAAAAAAUACCCGGAAGAAAUUCCGCAAGAACGAAAGUUUUCACAAGCUCUGGUUAACUACGCUCUGUACGGCCGGCCAGUCAAGUGUGCUAAAUAUGCCAUCAAGAUUCUUUUGGCGAAGGGUGAUGAGAAGGGCCUUGUCAGCGCGACCGGCCUUCUGCAGAAGAUCAUGGAGGAUUGGAACUACGGGUCUCCUCACUUCCUGAACAAGCUCCAAGCCAUUGCGCAGCUCGAACUUCAAGCGCCCAAGAUCACUCUGGAUGCGGACGAAGACAUUCUCAACAUGACUGUCCAGCAGAUUCUACUACAAGUCAGACAGGAUGCCACAGACAAAGAUCCUCAAUGGGUCGAGGAUGCCGAUAUGGACGAAGAACUUCAGGCGAAGUGCUUGUCUCUGCACAUUCUGGUCAACCGUCUGCGCAGCAUGCAGAAGGCUGAAGAGGCCCAGGAAAAGGCCCCACCUGUCUUCAAACUUCUGAAGUCGCUGGUGGUGAAAAGAGGAGAGCUAUGCAAGACAAAAGACACGCCUAACCACCACAAGGCACGACUUCGUCUGCUUGCUGCCCAACUUCUCUUGAAGUUGUGCACCAUCAACCAUUUUGAUGACCUGCUAACGCCCGCUGAUUUCGACCGCCUAGCAUUCACCGCACAAGACCCCGAAUUGCAAGUUCGAAAAGGGUUUAUUGAGAAACUCCAGAAGUACCUGGCGCGAGGCAAACUGCGAGUGCGGUUCUACACUAUUAUCUUCUUGACGGCAUUCGAGCCUAGCGCCGACUUGAAGCAGCGAAUUGAAACUUGGAUCCGCUCUCGUGUACGUGCACUUGCAUCGCAUGAGCAGCGCCCCAUGGAAGCUAUUAUGGCCAGGCUUAUCUCCCUGCUGGCUCACCACCCUGAUUUCAACAGGUUAGAUAACCUGGCGGCUGCCAGUGAGGAGGAGCGGAUGUCAUAUGCCAACGAUCUGGCGGAUCACGGUCGCUACAUUCUGUACUACCUCUCGAAUGUGGCGACUGAAGAAAAUUUGGGUUUGAUCUUCAAGUACGCAGAGAGAGUCAAGCAAACCCGCGACUACAUCAACCCAGAAGAUAGCGAGAACCUCUGCAUCAUCAGUGAUUUAGCUCAGGCCGUGAUAAGAAAAUGGCAGGAGAGAAAGAACUGGAGUUUCCAAGCUUACCCAGGCAAGGUUGGCUUGCCAAAGGGUCUUUACAGCGCCCUGCCAUCACACCAGGCCGCCCAAGAGAUUGCCGAGAAGCAAUUCCUUCCGGUUGAAAUCGAUGAGAAAUUGGACGACCUCUUCAAAUCUAUGGACAGGAAGAAGAAACGAAAGUCUAUGGACGAGAGAGGAGAUCGCCAGCCCGCCGCAAAGAAGGCUAGACAAGUCAAAGAGCCCAAAGCCCCUAGAGAGCCGAAGCUGAAGACAAAGAAACCUACUGCGCCUAAGAAGCCUGCAAAGGUUAAGGCUAAGCGCCCGGAGUCUGACAUUCCUCUGGAAAAUCGAAGACGUAGCGGUAGAGCUACAAGGGUCUCCCAAUACGCCGAGCGUGACUCUUCUGAUGACGACAAGGAGAUGUGGGAUGGCGUUCAAGAGUGGGAGUAUGUUGAGGGUGAGCCGACCCCAGAGCCGGAAGGAUCCGAAAAGGACGGCGAUUCUUCGGUUCUCUCGGACGCUCCAAAGGAAGACGACGAAGAUGAAGAAGCUCAGAAGUCGAGUGUCGAGCCCGACGGCAACGCUGAAGAUUCCUCGCUGUCGGAUGCCGAGGAAGAGGCUGCGGCGAAGUCGGACAAGGAGCAGGAAGAACAGGCAGACGACGAAGGGGAGGAGGAAGAGGAGGCUACCCCACCGCCCAAGGCUAACGGACGAAAGGGUAGAUCAGCAGCGUCUUCCAAGGCGACACCUAAGACAAAACUACCAGCCCGGCCCGCACCCAAGGGAAAGCCUUCACCCAAAGAAAAGCCCGCGCCCCGAGCGGCGACGAGGUCAUCGGCGCGGAACACCAGAGGAAGGUCGGCCCAGAAUACGAUGGAUGUCGAUGACGAGUAG